AAGAAACUAAACAUUUUAUGGGAUAUAUUUAAAAAAUUUAUUUAUUUUUUAUUUUUCAAAAAAUCCUUUAUAAAAAAUAUUAAAACUUUUAAUGAAUAUAAUAGAAUGAAAGCUUAUGAUUUAUAA